AUGGACACAUCAGAGUGGAGUUCGAACAUUGCGGUAAGGAACAAGGAGCCUGUAGUCACAGUGAGAGAGAUUCUGCAAGAUUCAGAUGUCGACGACCAAAUCAUAGAACCAUGCUCCUCCCAUAGUCCUCGUAAACGCAAUCAUUGCGAGGUAGAGAAAAACUCGAUUAUUAAUCCAUCGAUCCGAGAGAUUGCUGCAUCGAAGAAGGGCAACGAGAGAUUUACUGAAACGCCCAAUAUUAGGAAACAACUUGAGGGCUUAAUAGUGACGUUGUCAGGAUCAGCAGCGCCAUCUGCCGGUAAUAGACCAGAGCCCUCUGGUACCAAUGAGACCACAUCCAUCAAGGCAAAGAUGAUCCCCAUCGACACACUUAGUCCCGCACUAGCACAUCUUAGCUCUGCGCACCACGAAAACCCCAGAUCAAGUUCUAUUUCUAGUAGCUCCGAAUCUCUUCAUUAUAAAUACCACAACCUCAAGAGAAACUACGAAAAUAUUCCACACAACAUUUCCGAAGCUCAACCCCCUAAGAAACGCAGCGACAAGUACGAAACUGAGCUUAACAACAUUGAACCCAACCAAAAUUGCGAGCAUACCAGCAACACUUUUGAAUAUCUCUUUCCCACAAUCAAAGAUAGGAUCGAGCAACAAAGGUCUCAAUUCGAUACUGUUACUGAAAGGAUCAAUGAAAUUUUCAACCUGAUACAACAAGGCGAACGACUACUACAGAACGCCAUGACUACCGAAAACGCUUCUCAAUCGGAGCUUCUGGUCGACAGAAUCACUCAUGUGCUCGCAGAAGAUCUUAGGAUUGAUGAUUCUACCUCUGCAAUCCCCAAUUUUUCACCAGAGAGAGGUUUCGUCGCCCAAGUUACAAACGUGCAUGUUUCAACCGACCCUUCCCAGACUUUGAAAGAACUUUGGAAAUUCGCCAGAUCAAACAUGGGCGUAAUUUUGAGUGAAAAAGAAGAAGUGUUUAUCGAAAGCAUUAAAUCUCUCAACGCUACACAAACAAGGCUCAAGGAGGAAUGGAACAUGCUCAACUCAAAAGAAGACAAGAACAAUUUCAAAUUCAUGCUUGAGAUGAAUUCCUCUGAGCGAGCAAAAGUUUUGCAAAGGGCUUGGGAUUUGAAGAAAGAAAUUGCGAACUUCUACAUGUGUGCUGAGACGAGAAAAUAA